AUGGCCGCUCACGACCCCAACCGCGUCGCGAGCAUCAUGCUCUCAAAGCACUCACUCGACCUCGUCUCAUGCACCAAGCUACAGACUCUAUGGGCUGGCUACGGUCAAAUAUGCGCCCUCACAGCGCGAGCAACCACCGCCAAAGCAGCCGAACAUCUCAGCAAUCUGUACGGUGUAGAACCAGGGAUUGCGGGGACGACAUACCCACUCAUCCUGAAGCUCAUCUCACCGCCCCGAAAAAGCGGCAACACUGCAGACGAGGGCCACCUACGAAAAAUGCUGAGCUACGAGGUAGAGCAGUACUUCUAUAGCGAGGUAGUCCCGCGACUGGGCGAUGACAUAGGUAUCGCGCAAUGCCUUGCCUCGACGCGCGACAUGGACGACGCGGAAGGGUCAUCAGAGCUAAAAGGUCUCAUGGCUACGAUUAUGAUUGAUCUGCGUCCUGGAUUCCCUGUCGCGGGCGAGAAAAGGGGCGCGCUGAAUCGCGCACAGGUGCGCGCGGCGCUGGACUGGUUAGCUGGUUUUCACAGUCGCUCGCGGGGACUGCUGCCAGCUAGUCUUGAUGGAUAUGUUCUACCGCCGCUUGAAGAAAGCAAUAGAAGACAUAGCUCAGGCAAGGAUGUUGGCAAUGGGUUGUGGCUUAAUGGGGGAUAUACGUAUCUCGCGACACGGGGGAAAGAGUAUGCUUCUCUUGCGCGGGACACGGACUCGGAGUGGUCAGAUGUUCUAUGUCGGGUCUCGGAAGGAAACUCGCUGUCCGUGGCGGAAAUGGUUGCGUUAUUCUUAACGCCGUGUGGAAGGGCGAUUGAGUCUUAUAUCCAUGGCGAUGUCAAGUCGGAGAAUCUGUUCACGACGGCUGAUGGAGACAAUGUGGCGUUCUUUGAUUUCCAGUACGUCGGGCUCGGUUUGGGGGUCUGUGAUCUUGCCAAAUUGUUUACCUGCUCGGUCCCUCUACAUAUGCUGGUUGAUGGCAAUGGAAGUGUGCCCGGGCAGCUGUCGAUGUGUGAUGGUGAGAGGGGACUGUUGGAGCGGUAUCGUAUGAGUCUCCUCCAGGAUGAGGAGUCGGAGGAACCGGAACUAUAUGAAUGGGAAGCAUUCAAACGACACUGGGAGACGGCUUUGGUUGACUGGUGUAGAUUCCAGGCUUCGUGGGGAUUUUGGGGGAAUACAGAGUGGCUUGAGGCUCGUGUAAGAUCUAUCGUGAAUGACCAGGAGUGGAGGGAUUGGCUGUAUCAGAAUAUCCAGAGUCGGAUAUAG